AUGGCUAGAUGCGUUCCUGAACACGACCGAAUUGUUGCACUGCGAGGCUCCGUCAUUGAUCAUUCCUAUGGUUCCGGUGGGGGUAGUUCUCCUGCCGUGCUUCUGGUGAUGGAGCGUUUGUCGAGAGAUCUGUAUGUAGCUCUGAAAGCUGGCCUCACGUGGAAGUCGCGACUUAGGAUUGCCUUAGACGUUGUUCAGGCCAUUCGUUUCCUUCAUUCCCAAGGUCUCGUCCACCGUGACGUUAAGCUAAAAAAUGUCUUGCUGGAUUCGAGAGAUCGUGGGAAGCUGACGGACCUUGGGUUUUGUAAACCGGAAGCUAUGAUGUCUGGAAGCAUAGUUGGGACCCCUAUUCAUAUGGCUCCUGAGCUUUUCUCUGGGCAUUAUGACUCAAGUGUGGAUGUCUACGCCUUCGGUGUGUUGUUUUGGUAUAUUUGUGCUGGUCGUACGCGCUUACCAUAUGUGUUCGAGCAAUGCCAAAACAAGGAUCAGCUAUGGUCAUGCGUGAAAAGAGGUGCAAGGCCGGAAAAGUUGCCCUAUUUCGAUAAGGAGUGUUGGGAGCUGAUGAAUGAAUGCUGGGCUGGAAACCCUCAAGACAGGCCGUUGUUGGGUGAAGUUGAACCAAGAUUAACUGCUAUCUUGGAGAGAUUUCAGACUGCUCCAGCUCCUGAUGAAACACAGCCCCCAUACGGCAAGGAGAAAAGGGAGCAGUCAGCAUCGGAUUGCUGGGCAGCAGUGCGGCGAUCAACGUCGGCGAGCCAGCCGACUCUGAACCACCAGCAAUCCCGCUGGACAGCACCCAGUCGUCGGCAAUUGUGGCUGACCAGAAAAAUUCAAGACCCCGCAUUUGAAGCCAUGACAAGCAAGCGACACAGCGUCGAACUGUCACUAGAUCUCCUGGAAGACCAAAUGGAAUGCCUCGUUUGCCUAGACCCGACCUUCUCCCCGCCAGUGUACCAAUGCUGCAACGGACACCUCGUAUGCUUCCAUUGCAAAAUGAGGCUGGAAAACAACGCCGAGUCCGGGGACAAUGCGCGAUCCGGGCCCGAGUGCCCGACGUGUAAGGCACCGGUGAGCAGUCGGAAUAGGAUCGUGGAGAACCUGAUCAUCAACCUCAAGAAGGAGUGUUGUUAUGAGCCGUUCGGGUGUCAGACACGGUUCCUCUUGUCCGAGUUGGAGACGCAUGAGCGGCAAUGCGACUUCCGCCAGAUUCAGUGUCCGAUCAGCAGGGUGGACAAGAGCUGCACCCACAAGGCUAGGCCCGCGGAUAUGGACGAACACUUGUCCAACAAGCACCGGGAUCUCAUUCUGACGCAGUCCGGGGAACGGGUCAUUUGGAAGCUCCAGCGCCUCGAUGAUUACGUGAAGCGGCCCUCGGAAUCAUUUUGUCUCCAGCUGGCUUUGAAGCGCUCCUUCCUUGUUCAAAUCAAGACGGACGAACGGCACAAUUUCCAUUUUGGCGUGUCGCUGGUCGGUAAGUUGGCGGAGGCGGGGAAUUACUUCUUUUCCCUGGAGUUUCGCGCUGGCUGCGCGCAUUUCCUGCACAGGGACCUCGUCCAGCCCGUGGAUCAGGGCAUCGACGAACUCAUCCACCUCGGCAAUUCCGUCGAGCUCACCCCGGGUUUCCUGCGGAAAUUCCUUGACUCGAAGUUCCGACUUCCUUUCGCCAUCACUGUUCACGGGUCCGUGGAUUCAUCCGUCGACAGCAUCGGGGACCAAACUGAUCAUCCUCCGCUCGUCAAAGUCCUGAGCAACGCAGCAGCAGCAGCAGCAGCCGAAGCCGCGAAUCCGGAAGUUGGAGCGGAAGGAGGUGAUCCGGAUACGUCGAUCGGGGAGAAACGGGAAGAAGAGGAAGAUCCCGAUGAAGUUUUCGACAACAUGCCACAUGUGGAUGACGAUGCCAUUGGGAUGUCGAAUCGCGUCGUGGUUUCGACGUCCGAGUUGUCGUGUCUCGGGCGUCGAGGCUCGCUUUUGCCGGAUCUUUCCGCGCCGCGGACAAAUGCCGUUCGGCGCAGGGUUUCUUUUGAGUGA